UUCGUGAAAUCGUGAUUCGAGUUCGGAGUUCGGCGCCUCGGCGGCAUUCAGCGGCAUUCAGCGCUAACUUCAGAACUGUCGCUAAUUGCCCGAUCGCCGCUCGAUGAUGUGAGUGCAGCGUGCAGCUGUCGUGACAACAACGUGAGACGCACGUUUUUCGGUGCCGGUUGCCGUCGUCGUCGCUGCUGCUACGAGAUUCGCCGGCGUCGUCGGUCCUGGGGACGUCAAUGGGCGUCCAGACGCGAACUCGAGAGCGCUAUAAGGUGACAACAUGUGCGUCGGCCCGCUGAAGAAGAUAUGCCAUUGGGGACCGCUCUCCGCGCUCGCGACGAUAAAGAUAAUCACGUUGAUGACCAUACACUGCAGCAGACAGUGGUGGCCGCCACAAGACAGUGUUCCAGCGGCUGCCAGUUUCUUGUUGUUUUUCACUCUCAGUGGAUUGACUCUAUUUCAUUUCAUCAGCGCAAUUUUUGAAGGACCUGGAUAUCUUGCAUUAAAAUGGAUGCCGGAGAAAGCUUCAGAUAUGCAAUAUCUGCAAUACUGUAUCGUCUGCCAAGGUUAUAAGGCACCGAGAUCACAUCACUGUAGGAAAUGUGAUCGUUGUGUGAUGAAAAUGGACCAUCAUUGUCCAUGGAUAAAUACAUGCGUUGGACAUUACAAUCAUGGGCAUUUCACAGCAUUUUUGGCAAGCGCAGUCGGUGGUUGUUGCGUCGCUUGCGUUAUAUUAAUUUCCUGGGUAGCGACUGUGCUAUCACUGAGGCCUUUGCCGUUUCCACCACCAACGGUUUAUACACUGAUAUUAGUAGUAUUUAGCAUUGGUUUAUCAAUUGGCGUUGUACUUGCAGUAGGAAUGUUACUAUAUUUUCAGAUAUUAGCCAUCGUGAGAAAUCGAACGGAAAUAGAAGAUUGGAUUCUGGAGAAAUCCCGAUAUAGGCGAGAUGACACAGAUGCCAAAUAUGUACAUCCAUAUUCAAAGGGAUGGCGUUUUAAUAUUAGUCAAGUUCUUACAUGGGACUGCACUCCUGUCGGCGAUGGCAUUACAUGGCCCGUUAUUGAUGGCUGUGAUCAAUAUACAUUAACGAGAGAACAGCUUGCACAAAAAUUAGAGAAACAGAAAAGAGCACGCAAAUAUCGGAUUAUAAAAGCUGCAUCAGGAUCCAAGUUUCCAAUUGGACACGGCUUUGGCGUAUUUUUUCAUCCGCUUUGUACCGAUGAACCUCGCAUCAAGUUAGAUAUAGAUGAUAUUGUGAUCGUAACACGUUGGAAAAAAUAUUGGUUAUUUGGGGAAAAAGAACGGAAGGAAGGAGAAGAGACGAAAUCGAAACGUAUAAGAGGAUGGUUGCCGCGGCCCUGUGCGGUGGAAAUAAUAGAAAAAUCUGUAUGGUUUAGAUAAUUUAUUCAAGAACGAUUUAUUAAUUUUUUAACAUUUGUAUGACAAUAUUCGUGAAGAUAUGAGAAACUGUUUAUAAAAUAAUUUCGCAUUUUUUAUAGUACAUAAAAACUGAAGAACGCGUGUCAUUUGUAAUCGAGAAAUAUUGCAUUGUUUAUGCCUAUUCGUGUUCAAAUCGAUAUAUUUUUCUUGUAUUUACCUCACACUAUAGAUUAAGACAUUUCUUAUGUUACAACACUUUUGUAUAAAUAAGUAAAAAUGUAUAUACACUUUUGCUUACUCAGAUGUUCCAGUAAGUUCUUAGUGUAAAAAUUUUGUUAUGUAAUAUACAUAUACAUAUAAUUA